CACUGAGAAAAAUGAGUGUGCAACAGCAAAGAGAGGUCUGGUAGAAUAGUUGGCAAAUGUGUCAGUAAAAAAAGGAUAUCAAGCAAGCAGGCAAGCUUGGGCUUGAAGAGAAGAACCUCUCCUAUCAAUUAUGAUAUGUAUAUAUUUAUACAUACACAUAAAAGAAUAUAAAGUAUACAUUUAUGUAUUAUAUACACAUAUGAUAAAAAAAGAAAUUACAAGGAGUGAAGUAUGGGGGAAAAGGAAAAGAUUAGGUUCUGAAAUAAUUUACCAGCAAGAGCAGUUGGUAGUAGUUAGUAUGUCUUUUAAAAUCAUACAUGUCAGCUGCUAGCUUGGGCAAGUAAGCAAACUCUCUCUCUCUUUCUUUUUCUCUCACUUCAUAUCUCUAGCAUCCUAGUUCUCUAAAUUGGAUUUGCUCUCCAAUAGUUGGAAUAUGAUCUCUAGCAUACAGUUCUGUUUUUGAAAGUACCCAGUUAGUGAUUUUGGUUUCUCUGUGGAAAUUAAGCAAGCAUUUGAUACUCCUAAUUUUGGGGCACUGUUCUGAGACCUACCCAUUUCAGUUUAUAUACAAUUCAAGUAGAAUUUGAUGCUUUUUUUUUUUUUUUUUUUGUCAUUUUUGGGUACCCAUCUGAGAGUAUCUGAAAAGGGUCUCUAUGACUGCCCUUUUUCUGGGUUCUUGUGGGGUUGUUAGGUGUUGAUUCAAAGCUUCAACAACUGGUAUAUUUCCAUAUUAGGGCUUCUUUAGACUCCAUUUCCUUUCCACUUUUACAGUCUGAAGCUUGAAAAUUAUGUCAUCAUUUGUUCCCAAUUGAAGAUAUUCAAGCCUGUGUAUUGGAUCAAAUUAAUGGUUAUCUGGGUGGAGGAUGUAAAAUUUAUUAAUUUCUGCUAUCUAUGAGUGAUAAGAGGGGAAAAAAAAAGGGAAUCUGCUUUCUUUUUAAUGGUCUGGUGAGCUGUUACUUGUUCAUUUUUCUUCUUUGUCUACUUUAUGCUCUGAAAGGUUCAGACUUUCUUGUCUCAAGGAACUACUUUUUCUACAUUGGAGUAGACUUGAUCCUAGGGUUUUUGAAAGCAGAAGUAGCUGAUGCUGUGUAGAUUUUAUGCCUGCUACACUGGAUUUCCCCUUUUCCUUUGUGUCCAUGGGAUGCUUCAGUGACAGAUUUCUUUUGCUUUAACCCCCUCCUCAGUCCUAUAAAGCUGCCAAGGUUAUUUUGUUCCUUGUUGAGUCCUGCAAGAAAUUACCAAGUAUUUUUGGUCAAACCGUGCUUUUACUUAUAUUUUUCCUUCUGUUAUUAGAUAAGUAUUUAUUUCUGGUUUGGAGUAGUAACUGUUGAAUUGGGUUUUCUCUUUUCAGUCUAGGUUGAGUUCUAUAGGUCCUAGAGGUUUUUUUUUUUUUCAUUUGUGUUCAGAACAUGGGUACUGAGGAUCAUGGUGAUAUGCGGCUUCAACACACAGGUGGUGAUGCUAAUUUGAAUUGCCCAUCUUCUGGGAUGAGCACAAAUCCACUGUCUGACAAGGUUGCAGGAAUGGCAAUGAGUUCAGGGUCCAUGUUUAAAUCUUCAAAUAGAGCAGACCCUUUCUUUGGUUCUGGUUGGGAUCCACUUGUUUCAUUGAAUCAGAGUGAGAAUUUUGGAGGUUCUUCAAUGGUUUCUCACAAUGAGUUUACCAAUUCUUCUUAUCCUCUUGGUCAGGCAAUGAGUAGCACUUCCCACCUAGUUCAAUAUCCUCCUGUUUCUGGUCUUGUUGAGCCCGUGUCAAAGCUUCCAUGUUUUGGAAGUGGAAAUUUCUCAGAAAUGGUUGGUUCUUUUGGCUUAGCUGAGAGUCUCCAGAUUGCUAAUACUGGCUGUCCUUCAAAUUAUCCUCCAAACAUGGAGGUUGGCAAUGAAAAGACAUGGAAAAAUGUGGCAUAUUCUCAGGAGGAUUGCCAAAUUUCAGAUGAUGGGUCCGUGGGAGCUUCACAUAAUGGAAAGAGGAAAAAAAGAGCACUGGAAAUCCAUUCUCCAUUGAAUCCCAACAAUAAGAGUGUUGAAGGGGAGCAAGCAAAGGAUCUUUCUGGGGACAGUUCUGAAGAGAAGAAACACAAAAUUGAACAAAAUAAUACCGCAAAUUUCCGCGGUAAGCAAAUGGGUAAACAAGCUAAAGAUAAUUCCAACAAUGGAGAAGUUCAGAAAGAAAAUUACAUUCAUGUGAGAGCCAGACGCGGGCAAGCCACGAACAGUCACAGCCUCGCAGAAAGGGUAAGAAGAGAAAGGAUUAGCGAGAGAAUGAGAUUGCUUCAAGAACUGGUACCAGGAUGCAAUAAGAUUACCGGGAAGGCAGUGAUGCUUGAUGAGAUUAUCAACUAUGUGCAGUCACUGCAACAGCAGGUUGAGUUUCUGUCAAUGAAACUUGCCACAGUCAAUCCAGAACUGAACAUUGAUAUUGAACGGAUUAUGUCUAAAGAUAUUCUCCAUUCGCGAAGUAGGGUUGCACCUAUUCUUGGAUUUGGUCCUGGAUUUAGCUCAUCUCAUCCUUACCCACAGGGAAUACCACAGGGGACCUUGCCGGGAAUCCCAAGUACAAAUCCUCCAUUUCAUUCUAUGCCUCAGAAUGUAUGGGACAAUGAAUUCCAAAGUCUCCUUCAAAUGGGAUUUGAUUCUAACCUGGGAAUCAACAAUAUGGGACUAAAUGGGCUUUCAAAAUUGGAGCCAUAAGAAGUAUCAGAAAAGAUGGAAGUGUUAAUUUCCUUGUAACAGAGAAUUUAAAAUCCCUAGUUUGACUGCUCAUUUCAUUCCAACAAAGGAAAAGAAAAAGAAAAAGAAAGAGAAAGCAAAAGCAUAUUGUUCUUGAGAGUUGUAUAGGUUCUCAGUUCCUAACUGUUUGUUCUUCGAAUUUUAGCAGAAGAAGAUGACUUUAUUAGAUUUACAUACCAUGUAUAUUCAGACAGCAAAAACUGAGACUUUGAUCAGUUAAAGAUGGUUGUGUCCAUUGGUGUUGUAGAUUGGUGGGAUUAUGAUGUGUGAAGGUCUUGGAGGAAGAAACUGUUCAAAAAACAAAAAAAAUUCUUGUAGAUGGGGAGGAGAGAUUGUUAUUUGAUUGCUGCAAAAACAAACUCUAUUUUGUUACAAUAAAUUGCCAUUUUGAGUUUCUCCA